AAUCGAAUAAACAUUGAAUACAAAACCAUGGUCAAUGUAAAUCAUAUGAAGACAAGUGAUUUGCACUGCCUAUAGUAUAGAGGGCAAACAAAUUAAUGACAUGUUCAUAUCGGAUACCUUGUCUGGUUUGUCGCCCCCUCAUUAUAAUAACAUCCAUACGAUGAGGCUGAUGAGCAACUAUAGAUAGCUCGAUGUAUACUCGACACUGACCGUAUAUUAUACGUUGCUCGAUCACUCAUCAGUUUCUGCGGGUACAUAAUCACAUGCAUACCGUGCUCGUAUUUGCUAGUGCUCCAGAAUAAACUUAACUAAGCCACUAACCAUGCCAGUCAACUUCUCCGGUACGUGGAACAUUGCUAGCCAUGAAGACUUCACUGCCCUCCUUGACAAACUUCAAGUACCAGAAGACAAACGACCACCGAGCAAGAUCACCAAUCUUCAAGUGGUGAUCGAGCAAGAUGGCGACCACCUCAAGAUCGUCAGUAAAACCUCGUUGGGUGACAGAGUCAAUGACUUCACGGUCGGGGAACCCUGUAAGUUUGUCAUGUUCGGCAACAUGCCCGAGGUUGACGUCACAUCCGCCUGGGAGGGCGAUCGUCUGGUGAUCACCGAUGCCCGCGGCGCCAAGCUCAUUCGCGAGAUCGUCGGCGACCAAACCGUGUGUACGUUCUGCGUGGGCGACCUCGCCGUCAAGCUCUUCUACAACAAAGCCUAGAUCAUCGUGAAGGUCUUCUAUACAAGUCCCAGAUACAACAUGACAUCAUCGUGAAGAUCUUCUAUACAAGUCCCAGAUUCAACAUGACAUCAUCGCCGUUAGGCUCUACUACAACAAGGCCUAGCUAAAAUACGUCGUCGUUAAUUUCUUUACGAGGCCUACAUAAAUUUCAACUCACUUUGGGUACUCUGACAUGGAAAAAUGAAAAAACAAUUACUCUAAUCUUCUACUUAUCUAUGUGAUACACCGAGUAUGUUCACAUUGAGAACAACAUAACAUUACUUGUGUAUGUUAACUAAGUUGCUAAUUAAAAACCUGCCAUUAAAAAUUGGAGGCAUAUUCAAUGCCACUUUUGGGGUUUGCUUAAAAUGGUAUCACACUACAGACUGUAGGCCUAUUAAUCCCAAAACGACGGUAUUACAUUCCAUUGUAUUUGGGGGCAUUUUGUGCAUUCCAGACUCAUCUUUUGAUUUCACCGACUUGUAUUUCAUUGUUGAUUUUUCAAAAAAACUGCCUCUUUUGAUAUAUUGUUGAAUUGAAUAGA